UCUUAUCUGAUGUGUGAAAAUCAAAAAUAGAGGUUGGAUUUAAUAUAAUCAUAGUGAUGCACAUGUCAUGCACUACAAAUCAUAGCAGAUAAUCAUACUGCUGUUUGCAUGCGCGUAGUCUUAUCAGUGUGUAGCGUCCUAUUGCCCUACUCUGUCACCCUGUUGAAAUAAAACAGGUCUAACUGGCUUCCCUAUAAGUAAAGCUGCUCAUUAAUUUAAAUAUGUAUUCGUCACAAGUCAGUUUCAGUCACAUCGAAAGUGCGAGUUUGUGCGUUUGUGAUACACUUAUUUUUCGGAAAAAUUUUAGCACUUCCCAGCACUUCCUGUUAAGAUGGGUCGUAGUCGGAAAAUUUCACAUUUUUUGCGCCAAUCGUCACUCUCGCUCCUCGUUGUAAUGCUGUCCGCAGUCGUCGGUUCCAGCGAUGAGAUUACAAAUGCCCCAACUACCGCAACUUCAACUACGACGACAUCCACUUCUACCCCCACAACAGAUCUCCCGAAGAUGGCCAGCACCCCUUCCGAAGAAGACAAUCACGUCGAUGUGACUACGGGAAAUGCAACAUUUGACCAAUUUCACCAUGUUGAAGACAUUUCCGACAACAACUUAGAUUUACAGCUUGAUCUCACCACAAAUAAGACGGAACCUGCGUUUCAUACAACUAAUGCUACUACAACAACUACUACAAGUUCACCAAUCACAACUACAACUAUCAGACUCAAACAACGCGUCACAACUGGUCAACAAAGAAUCAAAUUGAAAACUUCGACCAUUUCGACAAUUAAACGACCAGGAAGUGUUAUUUCAUCAGGGAACCGACCUGGAUCAACAAGGCCAUCAUCAGCGGCACCCUUCAAGAAAUCUAGACCAGGAGCAACCGUCGUGCCGUCAUUAUCAUCACUUUCAAAUGCAACUUCAAGGGUAGGAUCGGGGUCACAUGACAAAAAUACGGAAUACGCUCAAAUUUGCACUCUAGGUGCCAGACUUAUUCCUGCACAAUGUUUCAACUGUCAGUGUGGUUCUAAUGGUUUUUUCAACGAAUGGGCUUGUGUCAUGGACGGUGAGUGCAUGACCAAGAAAAAGUUUGAUGACGCUACAUCGUCAGCAGCAGAUAGUAUGCAGCGAGAUGGGUUAUUGUCGGGGUCGAAUGCUUUAUCAAACCGGAAGGGGGUGGCUGGAGGACAGUGUCAACAUGGUCACCUCUACCAAGAAGGAUGUCAGUCGUGCGUCUGUUCUGAAAAUGGACAUUACCAAUGUCGUGACCUGUGCAGUCGUAGUAGUGCACAAAUAAGUUCGUCACUAUACAAUCCCACCAAUUUUUAUGGGGCUUCUUCACAACAACCGUACAACUACCCUCUAACCGCUUAUCCUGGAUGGGGACCAUGGGGUGGAGCAGGAAAUAAUAACUAUCUGCCACCACCACAAUCACCACACCUAACAUACCAUACAACCCCGUCCUCCCUUGGUGGAUUUAACCCAUUCCUUACCCGGAAUACCUAUUUGGGUUAUCCUUCCUAUGGACAGCAGCAGCAACAACCUUCUUCUGCAGUGCAUUAUGGACAAAGCAAUUUAACUACUCAAACCAACAAGUUGACUACAAAGAGAAGGAGUAGGAUGUACCAAAAGCAAAUAUAAUAAUGACAUAUCAGACCUUUAUCCUUAAAUAAAUAAAGUAAUAAACAAUUUCUUUUGUAGAAAUGUAA